AUGUCUGCGCAAACCUCUGAACAGUCGACGACUGGCCCUCGCUUCCGACCAUACGCUAGCCCGAAUCACCAUGUUACGAAAGGUCGCUACAUAACCAGCAACGAUCCCAGAGGUUACAUCCCAGUGUAUGAGUACCCUCUCAAUGGGCAGUGGAUAAUGCUGGACAUGGACGAUGGAUAUGUCCUCUGGACAGGUAUCUGGAAAGCCCUUGGGAAUAACAAAGCGGACAUCGUCAAAAUAAUUGAUUCACAGCCGGACCUCGCUUCGCAGCUACGACGUGUCCGUGGUGGAUACUUAAAGAUCCAAGGCACCUGGAUGCCGUAUGAGAUUGCCCUUCGCUUAGCACGUCGUGUUGCAUGGCCGAUACGGCAAGACCUCAUUCCUCUAUUUGGGUAG